ACGGUUGCACUAAGUGCUGUACGAGCCUGUUUGAUAGGUACAACUUAACAUAAAAUUUUGACGUAAGGUUGUCGGCCGUAGCUACGAAAUGGUGCAAGAGGUGAGGAAAACGAAAAGGAAGAAUGCACAAAAAAGUACAAACGCGUCACAGAAGGAACAAACACUCGUGAAAGAAGAAGGAAAGGGAGGCACACAGAAGGAAGAUGUAAACCAGAAGGAGGAUAAUAAUGUAGAAAAGUCGCACAAGGCCGUUGUGUCAAAAUAUGGGCCUGCUGUGUCGUUUCCAUACCAAAGGGUAUGGUCUAGAUGUGUCAUGAUACUCGGGGUGUUGUUGAUAGUUUGGUAUAAUAGUAAGCAAGGCAAGGAAGUAUCUUUAGCAAAGCAGAAAGACGUGCUGGUAAGUCGUUCCCAGAGUUUUGACUGUUCUGCAGAUUAUAGAGCUGAGUUAGAAACGUAUCCUGGCUGUGUACCAGAAAAAUGUGGCAGGAUUGUCACAGACAAGUUGGUGUCAGCAACAGAAGUUGAUGUUUUGUUGAAAUUAGCUAAAAAUGGAUUAGAUCUAGCUGACUCAGAUGGUAGCGCUAGUAUACUGGAUCUUCACUCUGGAGCUCUUAGCAAAGGUCAAGGAUUUAUGAAUAUCUACAAACUGCCAGCAACCAAGAAGAUAUUCAACAAUGUGGAUCUAGCAAUAUAUAGGGUAGUAAAAACAAAAAUACAGCACGCAGUAGCGCACAACUUUGGCGUGAAUGUAAAUAAGAUAUAUUUAACCAAGCCAACUUUCUUUUCACGGAUAACUAAUAAGCCUGCAAAGACCAUACAUGAUGAAUAUUGGCAUCCACAUGUCGACAAGGACACGUAUGAAUCGUUUCAUUAUACGUCAUUGGUAUAUUUGAGCGACUAUAAUAAAGAUUUCGAAGGCGGUCGAUUCAUAUUUCUGGAUAAGAAUAACGUCAAUUCGACGAUAGAACCCAGGAAAGGCAGAGUGUCGAUCUUUACAUCGGGAGGCGAAAAUUUGCAUUUCGUCGAGAAAGUGAAGUCCGGUACUCGCUACGCCUUGACCGUGUCUUUCACGUGCGAUAAGAACUCUGCGAUAUCCGACUCGCAUUUAUCGAAAAGUUGAAUGUCUUUCGACAUCUGUUCAUCCGUGUUAUUUAUAUCGCGUCAAUACCAUAGAGUACAAACCUUUUCGUUCAUGCGUUGAUCUGCACAAAUAUAAUUGCUUAUUUAUUGUCCUAAGUAAACGGCAUUUUUAUUUGUAAAAUUCUCACAUUUACAACCAAACAGUAUUUCGACAGUAUUAAGGAAUCUACCAAGAAUAAAGCGAGUAUUUGUACGUGUAAUUCGUUUUUAGAAGUACCCACCAAAUUAUUAUAGACGAUGUAGUUAUUGAAUUAAAAAGCGCAAGUAUAUUGAUUAAAUAUUACAUCAACUGUAUAAUGUGCUUUUUUUGGACACUUGUAAGUUGAUUAUUUUUUUUCACAUAUAAUACGAUACGUAAGCGGAGGAUAACAGAUAAUACACGUAUUUAAUGUUCUUUUCUUUGAAUAGAAAAUGCAACAUUCUCGCUGAUGUUUGCAGAGGCAUCUCCUUUCUCCUGCGUCAUUGUGUCGAGAAUAUGUAGUUAACAGAAUGUGAAAUAUAUAGGAUUAUUAUACAUCUUACGACUAAUUUCACAACACGAGAUAACGUUUUAAUAAUAUUUAGGAACGAUGUGUGUGUGUGUGUGUGUGUGUGAGAGAGAUAAAGAGAGAGAGAGGAGAGGAGAGAGAAAUAUAUAGUUCGUCGCUGAUUGAUAGUUGCGUCGAUAUAUUUGCGCUUUGGUCUAUUUCGUCGUUGCUUUAUUUACAAUUCCAUCGUACGACGAAAAAGAGUGAGAGCUUUCUCUCAGACGGUUGAAGAGAAAUAAGAAAGAGAACGAUAUUAGUCCGCGUAAAACUAAGGUGUUGAUUUAUUACUAAAUGGAACAAAGACACGACAGAUUUCUCAGUUAUCAGGAUAAUUUAAAUAAAUAGAUAUAAACGAAAACUUAACGACAGAGAUUCAACU